AAAAGGAUACGUAAGGACUUUGGUAGGAAAUAAAUGGUACUGUGUUGUUGACGGAAAAAGCUCUUGGCAGAAGGAGUUGAAGGCAUUCAGUGGAGUCUUCCCAGGGAAGAUGUCGUCUUUGACAAUGGAAGCCCGUUGUCUGGACAAAAGAGGAAGUUUCUUUAAGCUCAUUGACACAAUUGCCUCAGAAAUCGGAGAACUGAAACAGGAGAUGGUACAGACAGAUCUCGCACUGGAGGACAAACCCGCUGGUUUGCAAAGCCUAGUAAAGGACAUGGAUAAUGUCUCUCCUGAGAAAAAGGAUGUAAAAGGCUGUCCCCGGGACUCUGGCUAUGACAGCCUGUCCAACAAGCUAAGCAUAUUGGACAAGCUUCUCCAUGCUCACCCUGUGUGGCUGCAACUUGGUCUGAAUGACACUGAAGCCAUGGAGAUUCUGCAGACGCAGCCGCCUGGGAUAUUUCUGGUUAGGAAAUCAGCAAGACUGCAGAAAAAAGUCAUAUCUCUGCGUCUGCCUGGUGAAUGUGGGUCCUGCCUGAAAGAAUUUGCAAUAAAAGAAAGCACAUACACCUUUUCCUUGGAGGGAUCUGGAAUAAGUUUUGCUGAUUUAUUCAGGCUCAUUGCUUUCUACUGUAUUAGCAGGGAUGUCCUGCCAUUCACCCUGAAGUUGCCUCAUGCUAUUGCAGCAGCAAAGACAGAAGCUGAACUUGAAGAGAUUGCUCAGCUUGGAUUGAAUUUUUGGAGCUCGCCGGCUAACAGCAACCCCCCGAAUCCUUCACCUCCCCGCCGGCCCGCGCCUGCAGACAGCGCUUGCAAAGACGCACGCCAGCUCUGCCUUAUAAAUGGCGUGCAUGCUAUACGAACCCGAAUGCCCUCGGAGCUGGAGUGCAGCCAGACCAACGGAGCUCUGUGCUUCAUUAAUCCCCUCUUCUUAAAAGUGCACAGCCAGGACGUUAGCGGGAGCCUGAAAAGGCAGAGCCCGCGUGCCCAAGACGUGAAUGGCACCGAGAGGCCUCGCUCCCCCCCGCCCAGACCGCCACCUCCUGCUAUUAAUAGCAGCCUGACAAGCCCACAGCUUUCCCGGACUAUAAAGCCGGCGAGCAUGCCAGCAACGGUCAGCCAGAAGCAGCAGCGAGACUCGGGUUUGCAGCGGAACAAGCCGGCCCCCGUGCCGCCGCCGCGGCUGAAGAAGCAGGCUGUCUGCUCGGAGGCGGAGGGCAGCGGCAAGCCGGCGGCGGCGGCCCCACAGCCCGGCGCCGGCUCGGCGCGCGCCUCCGAAGUGCCCGGCGCUGCAGGUGCCGCCCUGCCUGCGCAGGAUCCGGCAGCCUCCAAGAGGAGCCCGGCGGCAAACGGUGAGUCGGCGGUGAACGGUGAGUCACCAGCGCAGUGGGAUGGAGGCAGGCAGAGGCUGAGCGACAUGAGCAUUUCCACCUCCUCCUCUGACUCGCUGGACUUCGAUCGGAGCAUGCCCUUGUUUGGCUACGAGGGGGACACUAACAGCAGCCUGGAGGAUUUUGAGGGGGAGAGCGACCAGGAGAGCAUGGCCCCCCCUUUGAAGCCCAAGAAGAAAAGAAACAGCUCGUUUGUUCUCCCCAAGAUUGUGAAGUCUCAGCUACGGAAAGUCAGUGGCGUUUUCAGUUCCUUCAUGACCCCCGAAAAGAGGAUGAUAAAGAAAAUCGCGGAGAUGUCCCAGGACAAGCGCACUUACUUUGGCUGCUUAGUGCAGGACUAUAUCAGCUUUCUCCAGGAAAACAAGGAGUGCCAUGUCUCAAGCACCGACAUGCUGCAAACGAUCCGGCAGUUCAUGACCCAAGUCAAGAACUAUUUGUCCCAAAGCUCCGAACUUGACCCCCCGAUCGAAUCCCUGAUCCCAGAGGACCAAAUAGAUGUGGUUCUGGAGAAGGCCAUGCACAAGUGCAUUCUGAAGCCGCUGAAGGGCCACAUUGAAGCGAUGUUGAAAGAGUUUCACACUGUGGAUGGUUCUUGGAAACAGCUAAAGGAAAACCUGCAGCUGGUGCGGCAGAGGAAUCCUCAGGAACUGGGUGUGCUUGUUCCAACGCCAGACUUUGUGGACGUUGAAAAGAUUAAAGUCAAGUUCAUGACCAUGCAGAAAAUGUAUUCACCUGAAAAGAAAGUCAUGCUGCUACUGAGAGUUUGCAAAUUGAUUUACACUGUUAUGGAGAAUAACUCAGGGAGGCUAUAUGGAGCUGAUGACUUCUUGCCUGUGUUGACAUAUGUAUUAGCCCAGUGUGAUAUGCUAGAACUGGAUACUGAAAUUGAAUACAUGAUGGAAUUGCUGGAUCCAUCUUUGCUACACGGAGAAGGAGGCUAUUACUUGACAAGCGCAUAUGGAGCACUUUCAUUGAUCAAGAACUUCCAGGAAGAACAGGCUGCCCGACUGCUAAGUUCAGAAGCCAGAGAUACCCUCCGGCAAUGGCAUAAGAGGAGGACAACUAACAGAACAAUACCUUCCGUUGACGAUUUUCAGAACUACCUUCGAGUUGCAUUCCAGGAAGUUAACAGUGGAUGUACAGGAAAGACCUUGCUAGUAAGACCAUAUAUCACUACGGAAGAUGUGUGUCAGCUCUGUGCUGAGAAGUUUAAAGUGGACAAUCCAGAAGAAUAUAGCCUGUUCCUUUUUGUUGAUGACACCUGGCAGCAACUGACGGAAGACACCUACCCUCAGAAAAUCAAGGCUGAGUUGCAUAGCCGCCCACAACCCCAGGUCUUCCACUUCGUCUACAAGCGCAUUAACAGUGAUCCUUAUGGUGCCAUUUUUCAGAACAAUGAUGACUCUGCCUCUUAAAACCAGCAACUUGUUGUUUCAUUUCAGUUGCUUGUUAACUGUUGAAAAAAAAAAAAAAAAAAAAACUUUGCUGCCUACCUGGGGAGGUGAAACAGUCUGUGCAGGUCUUAAACCAUAAAUGCCUAGUAAAACAUGCACAGACACUUCUAGCGUUGCUUACAGAAAAACCAUGUAAACCAUGCAUAUGGCCAGUUAUGUGGAAUAUUCAACCAGCAUGUUUGAAUAAACAGCGCAUGAAGCUGAAUUUCUGGUACCACAGACUUCUGAAACAUUAUACUGUGGCCCUCUGCAGGUCUUUUGCUGUAGUGUGCCAAAAUCUAGUUUCUGCCGCUCAUCCUUUAGCCAAAUGUCAUUUUGAUUUAAAUGUAACUAUGCUAGACAAGUGUUUCAGUGAACUGGCUGGUACAUGCUCAGUUUGACCAGCAUGAGUGUGACAAGACUGUCCGAUGCAGGGCAUCAGUUAACUCAAAAUUACCUGGAUGGUUGCAUCCUUUUCUAAUUUUUUUUUUAUUAUUAUUACAGAAAAUCUCCAUGUUUUUAUAUAUAUUUCAUAGAAAUUUUAUAGCAGUUGCAGGUAAACUGUCAGGGUUGUUUUUUUUAAAUAUUUUUUUAACUAUAAAGUAUUCUAUAAUUAUGCAUGUGAUUUUAACAUUUAAUAUACAAAAAUAAAUCUCUUGCUGGUUUUAGAGUAUUGCAUUAAAAGUCUCAGUGGUUUCUCUUUUUUCAUAUUACAGGAGGGUUUUUAUGAAACUUCUGUUAUCUGUAAGAAGAUUGUAACAUUGGUGCUGGUGAUUUCAGUGCCUUUAUCUGAACUUGAUGUACUGUUACCUGGAUUAUUGUUUAUAUGCAUUGUUUUAGAUAGAAAUAUGGUUCUGAAAGAGGAAGAUGAAAGAAACGGAUGUAGAGAAGGGGUAGAGAAAGAAUGUAGAGAACUUAAUUUAGGAAUAAAAUGUGUUAGUCUGCUGGUUCAGGCUCCUUGCAGAAAGAUAGCGAAGAACGUUGGUAAGAAACUUUUAUGUAUACAAUAUUGUAGAUAUGCAGGUGGAUUUGACAGCACCUAUCCCAGAUACUAUUUGUGUUAGAGGAUUAAAUAUCAAUAAAAAGAAUGGGAACACUAACCAUUUUAUAUAGUUUGUCAGCAACAUCAAAAUGUGCUUUGGACUGAAGAGUUAUGUUGUAGCAUUUCAUGAUUCUUAAGUUACUGAGUAGGUGACACAUGAAAGUCAGAGUCCUAAAUAUACAAAGGUAAAAUGGUAUUAAAUGUGUAUGUUCUUGUGACUUGUCUAAGGUAGUAGAUGCUGUGGGUGAUACUGGUCCCUGCUUAAGUCAAAGGGGACUAUUCUCUUUAAAGGGACCAAGGGCUCACCUCCAGUCCUUGGAGCAGUGUAACUUAAGGCAGGUGAUUACAAAAAUAUGUCAUGAGUGGCAUGUAUAUUGUACAUAUGAAGAUCUGUACCAUUUUUAAUGUCAGUUUGCCAUGUAUCUGAAACUUCCGGCACAUGUUUGUAUUUCAUUUUGUAAAUGAUAAAUGGUGAGUUUUGCACAUAAUACAUUGUAAAAAUGAACUACAA